GCCCCCGUAAAAGCUCGUGACCGUCGGCGUCCACAGCAGAUGCGCUCUCUGGAGUAUUUCGUAAACAAACCGAAAAGGAAAAGUGAAAGGAAAAGACGUAAAGCAUAUACCGUAAGUUUUAUGACUACCUGUAAGCUGUGCUUCCUUCGAGCUUGCGUGUAAAGAUCGAUGUUUACUACACGCGUACACCGUGUUUCGGCAAAAGUCCGUAGGUUACGCAGCGGGAAGCUGGAGGUGUUUUCGCCUAAGAGUCCUCCAAAACCGUUGAGAGACAUGGCCAAGAGAGGAGAGCUGGAGGACUCUGUGGCGUCUGUCACCACCACCCCCAGGGGACACGGUCGCCGAGGCAGCCGGGCCUCAAACAAAGUCCCAGCGAUUAUAGUGGAGUCGUCCGGGCAGCAUGAGAAGCAGAGUCUGUACCCCUCCCUCACCACCCUGGCCUCCCUGGACGAGCAGGAGGAUGAGUUCUCUUGCAAAGACUGCUGCAAAGCAGCUUGCAAUCACUUCUUCAAUUUCACGUUUCGGUCCUGCAUGUACAUCACGUGUCAGCAGAAGGAGAUGCACCCGCGGGGGAGCAGUGCCAACGUGGAGGACAUGGAGGUGGAGCAGAUGAAGACCUCCCUCCAGUUCCACUUCUUGAACCCCUUCCAGAAGUGGCGCAAUGCCAAGCGACGGAGGUUCCCGUGGAAACUGUUUGUGCAGCUGCUCAAUACAAUUCUUGUCACUCUGCAGCUCAUCAAUUCUUUGUUGCCAACGCAAAGCUAACCGUCUGCAUGCAGUUCGUGGAGAGCAACACACAAGACAGUUGUUCACUCGUUCAGAGAGAACGGGCCCGGUCAAAGCCCCAGCGUGGAUGUGGCUGAGGCCUCGAGCCCAGACAUCGCGCCGCCCCCAUAUCAACGCAUGUACACUGUGGACCAGCUCUACAGUCAGAUCACUUCAUCACCGUCCACAGAUACUGACCACCUGUCGAUGAGGCGCUGGUGGGUCAGUUGAUGGGGUGACUGCUACGCGAAACUGGCUGACACAGUAACACCCUUUGCACUGAUCUGAACGUCUCACGAUGGAGAUUCUCAGUUUGAUGACAGCAUCCCUAAUCCACCACCAAGGCCGCCCACAGGUUUAGUCACGGAGAGCGACGUGGCAUCAGUGAUGAGUCUUGAAUGAGGAUAUCAGCUCAGGGGUCUUGACAAGGUCUGAGUUGAGAGCGGAGUACCCUCACCAGUAUCCAGAAGAUGAAGAAUAGCGUUUGACCUCAGACUCAUUAUGUCAGUCACACACUGACUCAAACGUGCUUUCUAUUUUUCAGAUGGAGAUCAUGAUAACCAACGACAUUGCCAGUGGAAAUAUGCCCGUGUGCAUGACGCUCGAAGACCCAGCAGAGUGCCUGUCAUAACCACACCAAUGCCGAACCAAUUGGUGGCGUGAUAAGUACAACAUGAUCGGUCUUGAGCUCUUGACAUCUUUGUCGGAAUAUUUGCGACCAUCUUCCACCAUCAUGCACCUCCGUUUCCCUAGUCAAGCGUCCCUACUUUGCCCAGAUAGUGCGGGCCUUCUUCUCCAGAAGUUCAGCUACAGACUCAAGUGGAAGCACCUGAUGCCACUGUUCAAUCUCUGGUUCACGGGAGUCAUCCUUGGGAACUGCCUCGCCACCGUCGGAGCACUGCUCAGAUUGAUCAUCUUUUUUGAGCCGUCCACAGACUCAAUGAACAUGGUUGACAUUACCAGCAUCAUAGUGGGCCUGGCGUGUUUUGCCCAGUGGUGCGGAAUUCUCCGUUUUCUCAGCUAUUUCGACAAGUACAACAUGCUCCUGCUCACUCUGAGGCUCUCAAUUCCCAGUGUGGUGAGGUUCUUUGUGUGUGCCGGGAUCCUCUACUUGGCCUUCCUCUUCUGUGGAUGGCUGGUCCUGGGAGCCUACCACCCUAAGUUUGUGGAUCCCAGCACGACCUCAGAGAACCUGUUUGCUCUCCUGAACGGAGACGACAUCUACAACACUUACCAGGAGAUGUCUAGAGCCUCCUUCUCUGCCUGGAUCUUCUCCAAGGUGUACCUGUAUGCAUUCAUCUCCCUGUUCAUCUACGUUGUGCUCAGUGUCUUCAUCUCUCUCAUCUCUGACACCUACGAGACACUCCACGAACACUGGAACGUGAGGUCCAAGGGACUACUGCUGGACUUUGCCAAUGGGCAGUUGGGCCGGGUCCGUGCAGCUAGGGCCAGGGCCUACAGUGGGACCGGGGACUGCACUGACGAUGAGGAUAAUGACUACGAUAUGAUUAGAGAACUUGCAGAGUCCUCGCGAUAUGGAGCAACACUAGAGGGAGAGAGGCAGCCUCUGCUGGGCAUGGGGGUGGGAGGGUGUGUGGUAAACUGCCCUGCCCAUCUCGAAUCACCUCGGUUUGCUCGUGCCAACCAGAGUGCAGAGUUCACCAUUGGCGGCGACCCUCCUUCACCAACACAAAGACCCACCAGAAGUUCCUCUCAUACUUGAAGACGGGACAGAGUAGUACCCUCACACUAUUGUAUUAUAAUUAUAGCUCAUGUUAUAGAGCUUUUAUUAUUUCAAGUUUGUAUAGAUCGGUUAUACUAUCAUCCAUCUUCGUGGUGUAAUAAAAAAUAUCUUUA